UGGGCGGAGCGCCCCGAGGUCAUAGGCGGGGUCACGCGGGAGGCCGGACGGCGCAGGGAGAAAGGAGGUUGAGUCCUCAGCCUCUUCCUCCGGUCCGCGCUUCCCAGACUGACAGGGACUGAGAACCUAGGAGAGCUCGGGGCGUGUCCAAACGGCCGCCCCGCCCCGGUCUCGACCUUUUUCCUCCUCUUCGCCUUCGGCGGUACCUAGCGUUUCGGUUCCUGGAAAGGCUACGGGAGUUGCUGUUCGGGCUCUGACUAAAGUCGAGUCCUCGAAAGGGAGCCUCGAGAGCGGCAGUGCUGGGAGACUUGGGUCAGUUCAACCGCAGACGCCCGCCAGGCAGCCAGUAAGUAGCCGGCCCGGGCCGAGCUGCCCGCGCCUCUUAGCGCGCCGUGUACGUGCCGGGAAGCAGGGAUCCGGGGCGCGGAGAUUGGCGGGAGACGCGGGGGUCCAGAACGCGGGGUGAGUCUUGGGGCGAGAGACAAGGCUGGAGUCCGUGGCGCCCUCCGCAGGUCCGAGAUGCUAGUUUGCUACUGAUGGGUGUGAGCAAGUUAGAUAUCCUAUACCGGAGACUUCUCCUAACAAAACUUUUUAUCAGAGGAUGGGGAAGGCCAGAAGAUCUCAAAAGACUCUUUGAAUUCAGAAAGAUGAUUGGAAAUCGAGAGAGAUGCCAGAAUCUGGUUUCAAGUGAUUAUCCAGUACACAUUGAUAAGAUUGAAGAGCAAUCAGAUUGUAAGAUCCUAGAUGGACACUUUGUUUCCCCCAUGGCUCACUAUGUGCCUGAUAUCAUGCCAAUUGAAUCUAUUAUUGCAAGGUUCCAAUUUAUUGUGCCUAAAGAAUGGAACAGCAAAUAUAGACCUGUAUGCAUUCAUCUUGCUGGAACAGGAGAUCAUCAUUACUGGAGGCGACGAACACUAAUGGCCCGUCCUAUGAUUAAAGAAGCCCGAAUGGCUUCUUUAUUGUUAGAAAAUCCUUAUUAUGGCUGCAGGAAACCCAAGGACCAAGUAAGGUCCAGCUUAAAAAAUGUGUCUGACCUUUUUGUGAUGGGAGGAGCUCUUGUUUUAGAAUCUGCAGCCCUCUUGCACUGGCUAGAGAGGGAAGGUUAUGGCCCUUUAGGAAUGACUGGAAUAUCCAUGGGAGGACACAUGGCUUCCUUAGCGGUAUCCAACUGGCCUAAGCCCAUGCCAUUGAUUCCAUGCCUGUCUUGGUCCACAGCAUCUGGGGUCUUCACUACGACAGAUUCUUUCAAAAUGGGACAAGAGUUUGUGAAACGCUUCGCUAGCAGUGCAGACAAGCUAACUAACCUUAAUCUGGUUUCCAGAACUUUAAAUUUAGAUAUAACAAACCAAGUUGUAUCCCAAAAACCUGCUGACUGCCAUAAUUCUAGUAAAACAUGUGUUAGUGCCACAUCAGAAAGACUCUUACUGCAAGAUACCUCUAAGAUUGAGUGCUUCAAUCAAACACUUUCAACCAGCAAAAGUAGUUAUACAAGUUGCAACCCUCAGUCAUACCACCUUCUUAGUAAAGAACAAAGAAGAACCAAUCUUCGGAAAGAACCUUUAAUAUUUAUGAAAGGAGUCAUGGAUGAAUGUACUCACGUAGCAAAUUUCUCAGUUCCAGUUGACCCAAGCCUCAUUAUAGUGGUUCAAGCCAAGGAAGAUGCCUAUAUUCCACGAACAGGAGUUCGAAGUUUACAAGAAAUUUGGCCUGGUUGUGAAAUCCGAUACCUAGAAGGGGGUCAUAUUAGUGCUUAUCUUUUUAAACAAGGACUCUUCAGACAAGCCAUCUAUGAUGCAUUUGAACGCUUUCUACAUAAAUACGCUAACUAAUUGGAUCAUUAUAUGUAACCAGUGUGGCCAUGAUGUUUCUUACAAAAGGAAGCUUCAUCCUAUGAUGAUGUGAAGGACAAGCAGACAGCACUAAUAUAUCUAAUUGCUAUCAAUGUAGUCUGGAAUUCAUUGUUAAAGAUCAGUUAACGAUAAAUUUUGAAUACAUUUGAAUAAUUUGAAGGCAAUAUUUGAAGUAAAUAAUGUUAAGGUAUUUUUAUUAUUGUUUAUUGGAAUCCUAUAUACUCAAUAUUUAGUCUGUUGUUACUAUUUAUAAAAACUAAAUUUUAAAUCAUGAAUAAUUUAAUUUAAAUAAAUUUAUUCAUAGAAACCCUUCUGGUUUUUAAUAAAAUUGCUAAAUCAAACCAAGAUUUUAAUAUAUCAGCAUUUACCUUGUACCCUUAUAUUAUAACAUUUCACUAUUGACUUAAUUUGAGAAACAUGUUUAUUUCUUUUUUGAAUGUAUGGUGAAUUCACAGUCUUGUGUUCAACUUCAGCCAAUUUUCUGCUGUGGAAAUAAAUACUUAUGAUAUAUAAAA